UGCCAGUAGGGAAAAAUACGACUAUGAUCAUUUAGGACGAGUAAUGACGGAGGAAAACCGAAACAUCCUUUAGUCAGAAUUCCUUCCCCACGAAAACCCCGGAGAUUCUAUUAGUGCCUGCUAUCGGCCUAGGCUAACCUGGGGAUGCCGCCCUAGAUAUAGUAAGAACAGUGGACUCUCAUUGCCAAUAGCGAUGCGUUGAGUGGCUUAGGAGGUUAGUUAGUGCCUGUUUGCGGCAUGGGUUCUAAAAUGGGGAGACCCUUCCCUAGAAUUCCUAGAAUCACAUGUCGGGAUUACAAGCUCCUACAAGAUUACGUUGUCGAUAGGCUCGGCCAGAAGCCGCAACGGCCGAGCUUUUAAAGCUGUAGAAUGGCACCGCACCAACCUUAACUUUGAACUCUUCAAGCUUUUGACGUUUUCCUUUUCUUCAACUCAAUUUUAACUAUACUAUACCAUAUCACACAACUUGUAUAAUUACAAUUCCAAUUGAAAUCUGUAUAAAUAGCCGAUCAUUCUGUUACCAUGUCUAAGACCUUCUCCAAAAGCGAUGUCGCAUCGCAUAACAAGGGCGAUUCGUUGUGGAUCAUUGUCGAUGACGAUGUCUACGAUCUGACCAAGUUCCAAGAUGAACACCCUGGUGGAAAGAAGAUCCUGACCCGAGUUGCCGGAAAGGAUGCGUCCAAGCAAUUUUGGAAAUACCACAACGAUAGUAUUCUAAAGAAGUACAAGGCGUCGCUCCAAGUCGGCUCGUUAGAUACCAAGCCCAAGGCCGAACCGGCACCAGAGCCAGCUCCGGCCCCGGCUCCAGCAGUAGCUGCGCCGGCUAAGGAGAUCCAAAAGGCCGUGGUUCCUGCAACUGCACAAGAGGAGGCUGAAGCGCUGGAACCUUUCGGUGAUCUGAUUCCAUUCGCAGACCCCAGCUGGUACCAGGGUUUCCACUCUCCGUACGUCAACGAAUCCCAUGCCGCCCUCCGAAAAGAAGUCCGGGAGUGGGUCGAAAGCGCAAUCGAACCCAACGUCACCGAAUGGGACGAGAAGAAGGAGGUACCGCGCGAGAUUUUCCUCGAGGCCGGUCGCCGCGGGUACCUCGCGGGCCUGUUGGGUGUGCAUUACCCAGUAGAAUACACUAAGAACACCGUCAAGUCGGUACCGCCAGAGAAAUGGGAUCUUUUCCAUGAAUUGACUAUUACCGAUGAGUUAUCACGUGUCGGAUCCGGCGGUUUCGUCUGGAACAUGAUCGGUGGCUUCGGUAUUGGCGGUCCUCCACUAGUCAAGUUCGGCAAGAAGUCUCUGAAGGAUCGAAUCUUGCCUGGUAUCUUGUCCGGAGAGAAGCGAAUUUGCUUGGCGAUUACAGAGCCCGACGCUGGAAGCGACGUCGCCAACCUAACUUGCGAGGCUAAGCUCAGUGAAGACGGCAAGCAUUACAUCGUCAACGGCGAAAAGAAGUGGAUCACAAACGGUAUCUGGUGCGAUUACUUCACUACCGCUGUACGAACAGGUGGUGAGGGAAUGAACGGUAUCUCAUUACUCCUGAUUGAGCGCGACUUCGGUGGCGUUAGCACGAGGCGAAUGGACUGCCAAGGUGUGUGGUCGUCCGGUACCACAUACAUCACCUUCGAAGACGUGAAGGUACCAGUCGAGAAUCUCUUGGGUAAGGAGAAUCAGGGCUUCAAGGUCAUCAUGACCAACUUCAACCACGAACGUAUUGGUAUCAUCAUCCAGUGCCUGCGUUUCUCGCGCGUAUGCUAUGAGGAAUCAGUCAAGUACGCGAACAAGCGACGCACCUUCGGCAAGAAGCUGAUCGAGCACCCGGUUAUUCGAAUGAAGCUAGCGCACAUGGCGCGGCAGAUCGAGGCCUCGUACAGCUGGCUCGAGAACCUGAUUUAUCAGUGCCAAAAGAUGGGCGAGACUGAGGCCAUGCUCCGGCUUGGCGGACCUAUUGCUGGUCUCAAGGCCCAGAGCACGCUUACAUUCGAAUUUUGCGCCCGUGAGGCAAGUCAAAUCUUCGGCGGUCUAAGUUACUCGCGUGGUGGCCAGGGUGCUAAGGUUGAGCGCCUCUACCGUGAUGUUCGCGCCUACGCUAUCCCCGGUGGUAGUGAGGAGAUCAUGCUCGACUUGAGUAUGAGGCAGAGCAUGAGGGUGGCUAAGAUCUCUGGUAUGAAACUGUAAGUAUAGUGAGGGAGAGAAAGAAAACAGUGAAAACGAGGAUGAGUACGAUAAUGUACAUAAGUAAGAUGUGGUUUUGAUUGGUGUACGUACUUGGGCGCAUUGAAUUGGAUAUGCGGUCGGCGCCUUCAGGGGUUUGCAUCAACAUUGAAGACUUUGGAUUACUACGUACCUUACAAAUUAUUCAUAGCCUAUCAAUUGAAGGACUUCAACAAGUAAA